AAAAAGAGAAAAGAAAAGGAAAGAAAGAAAGAGAAAGGAAAGGAGAAAGAAAAACAGGAAGGAAGGAAAGAGAGAGAGGGAAAGAAUUUCAGCCUGGCGGGGUGGCUCAUGCCUGUAAUCCUACCACUUUGGGAGGCCAAGGUGGGUGGAUCACCUGAGGUCAGGAGUUCAAGACCAGCCUGGCCAUCAUGGUGAAACCCCACCUUAAAAAAAAAAUUCCUAUUUGUAUAUAUCUUUUUUUUUUUUUUUUGAGACAGAGUUUUGCUCUUGUUACCCAGGCUGGAGUGCAAUGGCACGAUCUUGGUUCACUGCAACCUCCACCUCCUGGGUUCAAGCAAUUCUCCUGCCUUAACCUGCUGAGUAGCUGGGACUACAGGCAUGUGCCACCACGCCCAGCUAAUUUUUGUAUUUUUAGUAGAGACGGGUUUUCAUCAUGUUUUGACCAGGAUGGUCUCGAUCUCUUGACCUCAUGAUCCACCCGUCUCAGCCUCCCAAAGUACUGGAUUAUAGGCGUGAGCCACCGCUCCUGGCCGCUUGUAUAUAUCUUCUUUUAAGGUUCUAAGGUGGGGAGGGGUGUUCUGGAUUCUUAAGGUGUUAGAUAGGGCCCUGAUCUCUAAGAAUACCUCUCAGAGGAGACUUCUGAGCUGACAGGAGAUUUCUCAGCUUCUCUAGUUAGUGGAUUAUUGCCCUGUCCUCACUCUGAUGUCCCCUCACAUCCUGGAGGUCUUUGGGUUGCUCUUGACCCAUCCUGCCCUGGUGGGACUCCUGUGAGAUCACUUCCAUCCCUAGCCCUGGUCUCCACUCCCACUCCUGGAAUAUUUCCUGGCUUUCUUGGCUGUAAACCUAAGACAAGUCUCUUGCCAUUUCCCUCAUCUACAAAAUAAGAAGAGUAAUUCUCACCUCCUAAAAUUGUUAUGAGGGUUAAAUAAAAUACGUCUGCAAAGCGCUAAGCAUAAUUCAUAGCCUAUAGUAAAGGUUCAGUGGGUGAUGGUUAUUUCAAUUCGCCCUCUCUCACUGCCCCUUCUUCACUAGCUCUGGGAACAGGAAAUCGAAUCUGCUGGGUUCCGGGAGUGGAUUAGUUUUGGGUUUCACUUAAUCUGAGAGGCCGUUCCGCAAUCAGAACCCUCGCAAGGGACAAACUGAUAUAAAUCAGGAAGCCUGAUUCACAAAGGCUGCAGGAUGGAACUGGGUGCCAAAGCCAAGCUGCUGUUGCUGCUGCUGCUUCUGCAGGUGACGUGUUUCACAUGUGCACAGGCAGAUGAGCAGAACGGCUACACGGCGGUCAUCGAAGUGACCAACGGAGGUCCCUGGGGCGACUGGGCCUGGCCUGAGAUGUGUCCUCAAGGAUUCUUUGCCAGCGGGUUCUCUCUCAAGGUGGAGCCUCCCCAAGGUGCUCCUAGCGACGACACUGCAUUGAAUGGGAUCAGGCUGCACUGUGCGUGCGGGAACGUCCUAGGAAAUGCGUACGCGAUAGAGUCCAAGUCUGAAAGGUGGGGCGAGUGGAGUGAGCCGCUGUGGUGUCCGGGCGGCGGCUACCUGGUGGCUUUCUCGUUUCGCGUGGAGGCACCUCUCCCCCACGGUGACGACACAGCAGCUAACAACGUGCGCUUCCGCUGUUCAGACGGCAAGGAACUGGAGGGGCCUGGGCUGAGCUGGGGAGACUUUGGAGACUGGAGUCCGCCUUGCCCCAAGGGUGUGUGCGGCCUGCAGACCAAGAUCGAGGGGCCUAGAGGCCCCAGCGAUGACACUGCGCUGAACGACGUGCGAUUUUUCUGCUGCCGCAGUUGAGCGCGGCCACCGCCGCUCUCUCCUGGGCCGGGAGGCUAGUCCCACUUCCUGCUAUUAAAGCUUAUCCGAGUUGA